CGCUCGUCUCUCCACGCUGUCGUGCCGACAACGUAUGGGUUGAGGUCUCCUUGCCGGUUUGAAUUCAGUACUUAAGGCCUAGCAGUAUGUCAACCGGUCAGAGAUGAUGGUGUGCCUUGGACACACUCUCUGGUCCAACCCAACCUUCCAAUCCGCUCGACUAGAUCUACCAUGGUCUCGUUCAGGAACGCAGCUACGGCGGCAGUAGCAUUUGCUGUGGCCUCCGCCAGCACGUGCCACGUGUGUCCUGAUGACCCGACGAGAUUCGUGCUCAGCGACCCUCCGUACACGGAUUAUUUCUACUCGGAUUGCAAUUCGGCUGCCCAGGUCGUCGUCACCAGUCCUCUUCCUCAGAGCAACCUGAGCAUCAUCGGUCCACGUCUCCUUAUUGCCUGGCCGGCUGGCAACAGUGGUGCGGCCGCCUUCUUCGCGCCUCAAAAUGGCGUGAAUGGAUCGCUGGCUAUAGAGCUCGUCAACUCCACCACCACAGGCAACGCCUUGGAUCCCAUCUACGAGCCCGGUGGAGAUAACCCAAUCGUGGGUGUCACGGGUCGAAUCUCCUUCAACUCCUCUGCCACCUUGGUCUUGCCCAUACUGGGCAGCAUCCGUACCAUUCGCGACUUCACAGAGGGUCCCAGCUUGCUGCAGCCCAUCAUCCAAGAUGCCAUUGAGACCACCAAGUUUGAACAAGGUGGUUUCUCUCUCAGCCGACUGUGGUUGGACAAUGUCACCACGACGACCUUGUCCUUCGAGCCCGUUGAAAAAGGGUGUGCAAUCCGCCACAAGAACGACACUUCGCUCCACUUUGACGCUGGCGUGUACACCUUCAACGCUUCGUUCAACUACCCUCAGCUCGUGCAGCUCAGCUCUGAAGAGGUACUUGCCGAUUCCGCUCAGGGUCUCAUCGAAGAGAGCCCAGAGCUGACGCAGCCCUUGUCGUUCCUGUCCUACACAGACAAACUCCUGGCUGGUGCAUGGCGGUUCCUUACCUAUUUUGGCCGAGACAGCAUGAUCUCCAUGCUCCUUAUGAGUGACAUACUCAGCCCUGGUGAGGGCGGAGCAUGGGAAGCCGGCAUUGGUGCAUUGUUGGAGCGCGUCAACAAAACGGACGGCAGUGCUGCGCAUGAGGAAACCAUUGGAGAUUAUGCGACCUACCUUAACAUGCAAGAAGGCGUCAUGUCAACCGACCCCAUGUACGACUACAAGAUGGUGGACACUGACUACUUUCUUCCCAUUGUUCUGGCCGAGUAUUUUAUCAAGAAUCCAGUGGGCAAGGGGCGCGUCGAGAAGUUCCUGGGUCAAAAGGCGACAGAGGAUCCAGAUAAUGCUGGCCUCACGUAUCGCGACCUUGCGAAUCUGAAUGCUGAGAAGGUCAUGAACAUUACAGCACCGUUCGCCAGCGAAGGAGGACAAGUCCAGGAGAACCUUCUCCGCCUGAAGGAGGGCGAGAUUGUGGGAGAGUGGCGUGAUAGCAAUAACGGUCUUGGAGGCGGACGCAUACCAUACGACGUGAACGCCGCCAUCGCUCCCGCUGGUCUCCGCGCCAUUUCUUCGCUGGCCACCGCCGGAUUCUUCCCUAACCACCCAGACUGGGCUGAACAGGCUGCUGCCUACGCACAGGUCUUUGAGGACGAGACGUUGCAUUUUUUCGAGGUCGACGUGUCCCAGGAAGACGCCGUUGCCCUGGUGGACGACUAUGUCUCCAACAACGACUUUGCCUUUUCAUCCCAGACGAGCAACAUUACCAGCGACGUGCGCUUCUACGGUCUCGCCCUCGAAGGGAACAGUGACAACCAGGACUUGGUCAAGGUCAUGAACACGGACGACUGUUUCCGCCACUUUCUCCUCAACACGACGAACCAGACACAGCUCAGCUCCUUCAUCAGCCAGACAGCCGACCACAUCCUGGCCCCCUUCCCCGUCGGUCUUACCACUGAUGUAGGCCUGUUUGUCGCCAACCCGGCGUACGGCUCUGAUCCAAUCUACAGCACCAACUUUACCAACGCCGACUACCACGGCACCGUGGUCUGGGGCUGGCAGCUGUCCAUGAUGGCCAAGGGUCUCGAGCGCCAGCUCGGUCGAUGCCUGGCUUCUGAUGAUACACCUGACUUUUGCAGGCACGAAGCACUGCACAGCAAGGUCUUGAGCGCGUACCACAGGCUCUGGGAUGUGAUUGAUGAAAAUCGAAGCAUCCUGAGCAACGAGGUUUGGAGCUGGAAGUACGAGGAGGGAGAAGGGUUUGUGGCGGUGCCGCUGGGGGAUUACAGUCCGACGGAAAGCAACAUUCGGCAGUUGUGGAGUCUGACAUUCCUGGCUGUGAAGAGAAACGAGGCUCUGAAAUGAUGGAUGUCGAGGUUGUCAGAGACACAGACGAGAUCCUGCGUGAUGUCUACAUGUAGGUAGUACAAGCGAAGCGUAGUCCCAAUGGAUUAAAACACCAGCUC